AUGGUUUGCCCAACAACGGCGAAAGGUUGGUGGAGAGUGGCAAAAGGAUUUCACAAAAAAUGGAACUUCCCUCAUUGUGUAGGGGCCAUGGACGGCAAACAUAUAAAAUGCCCAAAACAUGCUGGCUCACUCUAUUAUAACUAUAAAGAGUUUCAUUCCAUCGUCAUCAUGGCAUUAGUCGAUGCUCAUUAUAAAUUCCUCUAUGUCGAUAUUGGAGCUAGUGGUGCAGGUUCGGAUGCUAGAGUCUUCAGUGAGACAGUACUGAAAGAUGCUCUUGAAAAUGGAACUAUUGGACUACCAGAACCAGAACCCCUACCAAACGAUGACCGACUCAUGCCAUAUUUCGUUGUUGGGGAUGAUGCAUUCGCGCUUAAAACCUGGAUGAUGAAACCCAUGCCUCACAGAAACAUGUCAUUGUAG